AUGAAAUUCAUAAAGCCGAGUUGGCUCGGUCACAAAGGAGAGCAGAAGGACUUCGAAGUCUACAGCUUACAUGUAUCGCCGGACGGAAGUAGACUGGCUACUGCUGCUGGAGAUGGAUAUGUUCGAAUCUGGUCGACCGAAGCCAUUCUCCGGGCAGGAGAGCCAGGCUAUGUUAAACCGAAGCAGUUAUGCCAUAUGAGCUAUCAUUCGGGGACGAUUCAUACAGUCAGAUUCUCUCCUAAUGGACGAUGGCUGGCCUCCGGCGCGGACGACAAGAUUAUCUGCAUCUACCACCUUGAUACAAAUCCACCUUCACAUUCUGCAUCUUUUGGAACAAAUGAACCACCCCCAGCGGAGAACUGGAAGAUUCUGAGGCGCUUGAUUGGGCAUGACAAUGAUGUACAAGAUCUCGGCUGGUCCUACGAUUCUUCAAUACUGGUAUCUGUCGGCUUGGACUCGAAAGUCGUCGUCUGGUCUGGACAUACCUUUGAGAAGUUGAAAACUCUCUCAGUACAUCAAAGUCAUGUCAAAGGCAUCACAUUUGACCCUGCGAACAAAUACUUUGCAACUGCGAGCGACGACCGAACCAUCAAGCUUUGGCGCUUUACAUCUCCUCCGCCGAACGCGACAGCAUACGAUUCGAUCAAUAACUUUGUCCUCGAGCAUACAAUCGUCGCCCCUUUCACAUCUUCACCCCUCACGACAUACUUUAGAAGAUGUUCUUGGUCCCCGGACGGAAAUCACAUUGCAGCAGCGAAUGCUGUCAACGGUCCUGUUAGCUCUGUUGCGAUCAUAAAUCGAGGACAAUGGGACAGCGACAUCAACCUUAUUGGACACGAGGGGCCGACCGAAGUCUGCACAUUCUCUCCUAGACUGUUCAGCAAGCAUGAGAUGAGCGCGGAGACCACAGGAAACGACGGCUACAGUACCCAGGCUCUUGUAACUGUCAUAGCUUGUGCCGGUCAGGAUAAAACUCUUAGUAUUUGGAAUACUAGCUCUUCUCGGCCUCUAGUUGUCUGUCAGGAUUUAGCUGGGAAGUCAAUCUCGGAUCUUGCUUGGACACCAGAUGGCUUGACAAUAUUUGCGUCAAGUUUAGAUGGAGGCAUUAUUGCUCUCGAAUUCGAGAGGGGAGAACUUGGUUUCAUUGCCCCUUGGUCCGAGAACGACAAAGCUUUACAAAAGUUUGGAGUGGGUCGAAGGGGUGUAGGUGUUGUGGAAGAUGUCGCAGGAUUACGAUUAGAGGAAAGAAGUAAAGCUGGCGAGCUACGGGGAGCUGAAGGACGAAUGGGCGCUCUCAUGGGCGAUGCGAGCUCGAAUCCGGUUCCUGUCCCAGCUCUCAAUGGCAAUGGAGUCCCGACACCCAUGGCUGGAGUGUCUCCGGCGCCCCAAGUUCCGACAAUAGUAAAUGGUAGCAGGCCAGCACAAGAUUCUCCAGCCCCAGCGCCAGCACCUGCUGUAGAUCCUAAUGCUGCUAAGCUGGAAGCUAUGAAGCAGCGAGUAACUAUUACAAAGGAGGGUAAGAAGAGAGUUGCACCGUUACUUGUCUCCUCGUCUGGUACAGGUCUAUCUUCAUUACCUCAAUCCCAGCUUAUGGCUGCGAGCUCGAACAACAUGCAAAUUGACGCUCCACAAUCAAUACUCGACCUGUCUAAGCCAUAUGAUGGUCUUCCUCGAGGAGGAUUGGCAGCUAUGUUACUCGGAAACAAACGGAAAGCAAUCGUGCUUGAUGGGGACGAGGAGGAUGAGCAUGUGAACAAGCGGCCUGCACUGAGUUCUGGGCCUGUUUCAAUCAUGGUCAACGGCGUGAACGGUGUAGAGCCUGCUACCGCAAUUCCUCCACAAACUGGUGUCGUCCCAACUCCAGAAUUCCUUCGACCGGCUGUGGUUAAUCCUGUGCUGUCUGUCAGCCAGGUGCGAUUAGCAGUUCCGAAAAUCAGAACUCAUAUCCUCCGAUCCUUAGAUCGUGGGACACUUCCGCCCUCAAAGCCUGGUGCUAAUGGCACAAACGGCACGGCAGCAAUUGAAGAAUCUUCCAAGACAGGCGAGGACGUAAUUUUUGAAGCGCAAAAUCCGCCAACCAUCGCGAAUCAAGUUAGAGAUCCAUCUCGUAUCAGUGCUACGAAGAGAGGUACAACUCUGUGGCAAGACUAUCUUCCCAGGGCAGUUAUACUUGUUACUGGGAACAAGAACUUCUGGGCAGCGGCUUGUGAAGAUGGAAGCAUCUAUACCUGGACUCCUGCUGGACGCCGAAUUCUCAAUGGCAUGGUGUUAGAAGCCCAGCCAGUUAUUGUUGAAUGCAGAGGAUGGUGGUUGCUCUGUAUUACAGCGGUUGGAAUGUGUUAUGUCUGGAACAUCAAAUCGCUCUCGUCUCCUCAUCCACCUGUGUCUCUAGCCCCUAUUCUGGAGAUUGCAAUGCACUCGCUGGGAAUGCAUGUUACAAGUGCUCCAGGAGUCACGUCCGCCCACCUGAACUCCAAUGGCCAUAUCGUUGUCACACUCAGCAACGGUGAUGGAUUCCUAUACUCGCCAAACUUGUAUUGCUGGCAACGUCUAUCUGAAGCUUGGUGGGCUGUUGGCAGUCAGUAUUGGAACUCAAACGAUUCGUCUAUCAGCAGUUUGCAAUCAACUGGAGUUGGUCCAGAUGCUACCCGUAACGGUGAGGUUAGUUCAUCGAAUAUAUCCGCCGGUAUCAUUCCACAUCUUGAACGACAUACCACGAAUGAGGUCCUUCUAAAAGGAAGAGCAUACACACUGCAACGCCUUGUCAAAACUCUUCUGUCGAAGGAGGGUUUCGAAAGCUUCGAAUCUAGUGUCAGUAUUGCUCAUCUGGAAAAUCGUGUGGCUGCAGCUCUGCAACUCGGUGCCAAGGAGGAAUUCAGAAUCUACUUAUUCAUGUACGCCAAGCGACUUGGUGCCGAGGGUCUCAAGAGCAAGGUGGAGGAGCUUCUGAAAAGUCUGAUGGGAGGUAUCCUACAGGACAACCAAGACACUUCGAACGAGAAGGGCAAAGGGUGGAUGAGCGAGGAUGAUGAAAUAUGUGGCUGGGACAGGAAGGACCUUCUUAGGGAGGUUGUACUAAUACUUGGAAAAUUCCGUGAACUCCAAAGAGUAACCAUACAGUACGCAAGGGUUCUUGGCAUGGACGAGGAAGAAAACAUGGAAUAA